AUGCAGUUCGCUGCUACCCCUCCCUACAAUGGCACAUUAUCGACCUUCUACUGCCUACCCGAAGAGUGCUGCUACAAGCUGCCGUCACACAUAUCCUUCCGUGAAGGUGCCCUCGUGGAGCCGCUAAGCAUAGCUGUGCAUUGUUGCGGACUCGCCGGAAGUCUUCAGGGCAGGUCUGUGGCGGUAUUCGGUGCCGGGCCCAUAGGCUUGCUGUGUUGCACUGUGGCACAGGCUUUCGGCGCUGCGAAAGUCGUGGUUAUUGACGCAGUGGCCGCCAGGCUGAGCUUUGCGACAGAAUUCGGUGCCGAUGGCGUAUACAUGAUGGAAGCUGGGUUUCCAGAAACGAAUGCUCAGAAAGUUUUGGAGAAGGCUGGGCUGGAUGCAGGGUUUGAUGUUGUGAUCGAUGCAACAGGAGCAGAGCCAUGCAUCAACUGUGGUGUAGCUGCAUUGAAACGCGGUGGAGUCUUCGUUCAAGCUGGGCUGGGCUCUCCCAAGAUCGCAUUUCCAAUCGGCCAGAUUUGCGACAAAGAAGCUACGCUCAAAGGAAGCUUUCGAUACGGACCAGGAGACUACAAGCUUGCCAUCCAGCUACUAGAAUCCAACCGUGUUCAACUAGAUAGUCUUAUUACUCAUGAGUUCGCCUUCUCAGAUGCGGAACAGGCUUUUCAGAAUGUUGCGGAUAGAGUCGGCAUCAAGUCGCUCAUAUAUGGACCGGGCAUCGAUAGGGCGUUCGCAGAGGGUCGCACCGAGCAGCACAGGCGUGUGUCUGAUCUCCCGAGGCUCUAG